UCUGAAGUAACUUAAAUCCACAGAAGUGAGCAAAUUCUUCCAGAAGCUUCUAACUGGUGACAGUGGAGGAGAGGAAGCUACCAGAGCCCCCACAUCAUGAACAGCACCCCAAGGGAUGCCCAGGCCCCGAGCCACCGUGAGUGCCUCCUGCCCUCUGUGGCUCGCACCCCCUCGGUCACCAAGGUCACUCCAGCCAAGAAGAUUACCUUCCUCAAGCGAGGGGAUCCACAGUUUGCUGGGGUCCGCCUAGCCGUUCACCAGCGCGCCUUUAAGACCUUCAGCGCCCUCAUGGACGAGCUCUCUCAGCGCAUGCCUCUCUCCUUUGGGGUGCGCUCUGUUACCACACCCCGGGGUCUGCACAGCCUCAGUGCCCUGGAGCAGCUGGAAGAUGGUGGCUGCUACCUAUGCUCUGAUAAGAAGCCCCCCAAGACCCCCAGUGGGCCAGGCUGGCCACAGGGGAGAAGCCCCGCUGCUCCACAUUUGCGGGAUAUCAAAGGCCAGCGUGAAGCCCCAGGAACAUCCUCCUCCUGGAAGAGUCUUAAAACUCCCCGGAGGAUACUGUUGGUUAAGAACACAGACCCUCGCCUCCAGCAGACAGUGGUCCUCAGUCACAGGAAUGUGAGAAGCCUGGCUGCCUUUCUCAGCAAAGCCUCAGAUCUGCUGUGCUUUCCUGUGAAGCAGGUGUACACAACCAGUGGGAAAAAGGUGGACUCACUGCAGGCCCUGCUGCACAGCCCCUCCGUGCUGGUGUGUGCCGGGCAUGAGGCCUUUAGACCUCCAGCCAUGGAAAAUGCCAGGAGAAGUGAGGCUGGAACUUUAUCUGGGCUGACUUCAAGAAACAAAAACGGGAGCUGGGGGCCAAAGACCAAGCCGAGCGUGAUCCAUUCACGGUCCCAGUCAGGCAGCAGGCCACGGCUGCCAGAGAGGCCUGGUCCCAGUGAUCCCCUGGCGGGCCCUGCUCCCGACAGGCACCCUCAAGACACGCCGGCGCAGCCGGGCCCGCUAGUGGCCGGCGAUGACAUGAAGAAGAAGGUCCGUAUGAACGAGGAUGGCAGCCUGUCCGUGGAGAUGAAAGUCCGCUUCCACCUGGUCGGUGAGGACACGCUUUUGUGGUCCCGGAGGAUGGGCCGGGCCAGCGCCCUCACCACAGCCAGCGGGGAGGACCCCGUUCUGGGGGAGGUAGACCCCCUUUGCUGUGUGUGGGAGGGCUACCCCUGGGGCUUCUCACAGCCUGGGGUGUGGGGACCCCGGCCCUGCAGGGUGGGAUGCGGGGAAGCCUUUGGCCGAGGUGGGCAGCCAGGGCCCAAGUAUGAAAUCUGGACGAAUCCCUUGCACGCCUCCCAGGGAGAGAGAGUGGCGGCUCGGAAGAGGUGGGGGCUGGCUCAGCAUGUCCGCUGCAGUGGCCUGUGGGACCGCGGGGCUCCUGGGAGGGAGAGAUGCAGCCAGGACAGCGCCAGCCCAGCCUCCAGCACCGGCCACCCCGAGGGCUCGGAGCCAGACUCUUCCUGCUGCCCCAGGAUCCCAGAGGACAGAGUGGACAGUGGCAGCCCCUCUACCCAGAGAGGGGCCGAGUGGGAAGCUGGCGGGAGCCUGGGUGAGGAGCCCGGCAUGUGCACAGAUGGAGCAGGGCCGGGCGGCCCAGAGCAAGGCGGCCGCCUGACGUCCAGGGCCCAGAGUGAGGAGGGGGCUUCUUCGGACUCAUCAGCCAGCAGCAGGGAGGGAUCCAGCGAAUGGGGCGGGCGGACCCGGGGCUGCCUGGGCAAGACAAGGGCUGAGACCUCCCAGCAGGAGGCCACUGAGGGAGGUGUCCUGGGUUCUCCAGCCCUGAGUCUUUCAUCUUUAAGGAGUGAGGACCUGCAGCCAGAGAUGCCAGGACACGGCACCGAGCACCAGCAGGCCAGGGGUGCGUCUGUGAUGAGGGAGCCUCUGGCUUCGGGCCUUUCCGGCUCCUGGGACUCAGAGGGAGCCUCUUCUACCACUCCCACCUGCACUUCAGCCCAGCAGGGGCGGAGAAGGCACAAGAGCCGGGCCAGUGCGGUGUCCUCACCCAGCAGCCCUGGCCUUGGCCGAGUGGCCCCAAGAGACUCUCCCAGGCAGUGUCGCUACUGCAGGGGCACCCACAGCCCACUGGACUCCCCUGCAACCAAGCAAGUGCCGAGGCCUUCUGAGCGGCGAAGGGCCUGCCGGGAUGGCUCAGUGCCACAAUCUUCUGGAAGCUCAUCGAGCUCCAGGACACAGGCCUCCGGGGACCUGAGACCUCCCUCCUUGGGCUCUCUUCCUUCCCAGGACCUUCUGGGAACCAGCAGUGCCACUAUCACCCCUGCAGGCCGCUCGGACUGUGCCUCUGGGAUCUCCCCCGACAACGUUCCCUCUGCUGGGUGGGCAGGGGAGGUGGGGUCCAGGACAUGCUCACCAGCCCCCACGCCACCUCACACAUCCAACUCCUGCUCAAAAUCUGGGGCUGCCAGCCUGGGGGAACAGGCCAGGGACACCCCCCUGCCCUCCAUGCCAUUGGUUCUGCAGGUUGAACGGCCUGAGCAAGGGGCAUCAGGCCCCCACCAAGGCCGUUCCUGCUCACAGAUCAGGACACUGCUGGCCCAAGAGGCCCAGUGGGGACCCUCCCUGGAGGCCCGCUGGCCGUGUGGCAGGUACUGCCCCACCCCGCCCAGGGGGCGGCCCUGCCCUCAGAGGCGCCCUUCCAGCUGUGCCAGCACCAGCAGCAGCCACCGGAGUGCUGCCUGUGGGCCAGGUGGGAGCCAGCAGGAGGAGAAGACACACCAGGCAGAGCUCACAGCAUCCUCUGGCCCCAGUUCAGGGGCAUCUAGGAGCAGCGGCGCCAGCUACGGUGUGGGGUCUGGGUUGCUAUCCCAGGAGAAGACCGCUAGUCAGGGAGGCCCCCAGGGGCAGGAGGAGGCCAGCUGCAUGUCCCCUGGCACGCUGCCCCGCUCGACUCCAGAGGCCAUGGUCCGAGAAUGGCUGGACAACAUUCCAGAAGAGCCCGUACUCAUGACAUAUGAGAUGGUGGAUGAGACCACAGGUGCAGCAGGGGGUGUCCUGAGAGGCCCUGAGGUGGACCCUGGGGAUGACCAUGCUCUGGAAGGCCUGGGGGAGCCAGCUGAUGCCAGACAACAGCCCCUGGAAGGGGAUGCUGAGCAGGACCUAGAGCCAGGGGGAGUCCUCCAGGUGAGUGGUGACGUUGGUCCCCAAUCAGGAGAGGGUAUCCCCCAAGGGGCAUCUCCAGAGGGAGUUUCUGAAGCCCCUGCAGAGGCCAGAGUGGACAGAGGGGCCCCGGCCAGCUGCGGGGUGGGCCUGCGGACACUUCCUGGCCGGGUGUCUGCCUCCACGCAGAUCAUGAGGGCACUGAUGGGCUCCAAGCAUGACCGGCCCAACAGCGUGCCCGAAGUGUCUCGGCCCGUGGCCAGGAGGCUCAGCCGCUCAGCCGGGGCCCUCAUUACCUGUCUGGCCGGUCUCCAGUUCUUUGAUGAAGACUCUGGGACUCCUGCCAGCAAAGUGAGGUUCAAAGACUCCCCUCGGUACCAGGAGUUGCUCCGCAUCUCAAAGGACCUGUGGCCAGGAUGUGACCUUGGGCAGGACCAGCUGGACUCAGGCCUCUGGGAGCUCACGUGGAGCCAGGCUCUGCCUGACCUUGGGUCCCACGCUGUGACAGAGAACUUCACGCCCACGUCCUCCUCUGGAGUGGACAUCAGUAGUGGCUCUGGAGGCUCAGGGGAGAGCAGCAUACCCUGUGCCAUGGAUGGCACCCUGGUCCCUGAGGGGACCGAGCUGUCCUUGAAAACCUCCAACCAGAGGUCUGAUUCCAGAACCUCUGAGAACCCAGGGGAUCUGAAAAAGCAACAGCACUGUUGUUCCCCAGCCUUCUUGAACUCCCCAGCCUGCGCUUGUGCCACCAAGGAGGAGGAAACAGAAAGAGACAGGGAGGAGCAGAUGGCUGAAAACACAAUGCAAGAAGAGGAGGCACAGUUAGAGGAAACUAAAGAAGGAGCAGAAGGAGAACUGCAAGAAGAGGGGGUGCAGUUAGAGGAAAUGAAAGAAGAAACAGAUGGAGAACUGCAAGGAGAAGAGGCGCAGUUAGAGGAAAUGAAAGAAGAAACAGAAGGAGAACUGCAAGGAGAAGAGGCGCAGUUAGAAGAAAUGAAAGAAGAAAUAGAUGGAGAACUGCAAGGAGAACUGCAAGGAGAAGAGGCGCAGUUAGAGGAAAUGAAAGAAGAAACAGAAGGAGAACUGCAAGGAGAAGAGGCGCAAUUAGAAGAAAUGAAAGAAGAAAUAGAUGGAGAACUGCAAGGAGAAGAGGCGCAGUUAGAGGAAAUGAAAGAAGCAGAAGGAGAACUGCAAGGAGAAGAGGCGCAGUUAGAGGAAAUGAAAGAAGAAACAGAAGGAGAACUGCAAGGAGAAGAGGCGCAAUUAGAAGAAAUGAAAGAAGAAAUAGAUGGAGAACUGCAAGGAGAAGAGGCGCAGUUAGAGGAAAUGAAAGAAGCAGAAGGAGAACUGCAAGGAGAAGAGGCGCAGUUAGAGGAAAUGAAAGAAACAGAAGGAGAACUACAAGGAGAAGAGGCGCAAUUAGAAGAAAUGAAAGAAGAAAUAGAUGGAGAACUGCAAGGAGAAGAGGCGCAGUUAGAGGAAAUGAAAGAAGCAGAAGGAGAACUGCAAGGAGAAGAGGCGCAGUUAGAGGAAAUGAAAGAAACAGAAGGAGAACUACAAGGAGAAGAGGCGCAAUUAGAAGAAAUGAAGGAAGAAAUAGAUGGAGAACUGCAAGGAGAAAAGGCGCAAUUAGAAGAAAUGAAAGAAGAAACAGAUGGAGAACUGCAAGGAGAAGAGGCGCAGUUAGAGGAAAUGAAAGAAGAAGCAGAAGGAGAACUGCAAGGAGAAGAGGCGCAAUUAGAAGAAAUGAAAGAAGAAAUAGAUGGAGAACUGCAAGGAGAAGAGGUGCUAUUAGGGAAAAUGAAAGAAGAAACAGAAGAACUCCAAGAAGAGGCGCAGUUAGAGGAAACUAAAGAGGAAUCGGGAGAACUGCAAGAAGAGGUGCAGUUAGAGGAAGUGGAAGAAGCAGCAGAAGGAGAAGGGCUUCAAGAAGAGGGGACACAGUUAGAGGAAACUAAAGAAACAGGAGGAGGAGAACUGCUAGAAGAAGAGGCACAGUUCGAGGAAACGAAAAAAGAAACAGCACAGCUGCAAGAAGCGGCACAGCUAGAGGAAGUUAAAGACGGACCAGAAGGAGGACUGCAAGAAGAGGCUCUUGAAGAAGGUCUCCAAGAGGAAGAGCUUCCAGAAGAAGGACACGUCUGUGGACAGGAACUGUCCGAGGCUGGCUCUCUGGAUGGGGAAGGCUCCCAGGAAGAGGAUCCAUUCCAGGAGGAGGAAGCAGGAAGAGCCUCUGCCUCUGCAGAGCCAUGCCCCCUAGAGGGCACAGAGGAGCCCACGGAGCCCCCUAGUCAUCUCAGUGAGAUGGACCCAAGUGCCAGUGAAAGUCAAAGUGGCUCCCAGCUUGAACCUGGCUUGGAAAAGCCACCUAGAGCCACCUGGAUGGGCCGGGAGCACACACAAGCCCCACCUACUCAAGGGGCUGCAGAGAAGAGCUCUUCAGUGGCCUGCAGAGUGGCUCUGGACUGUGACCCCAUCUUGGUGUCUGUGUUGCUGAAGAAGACAGAGAAGGCCUUCCUGGCCCACCUUGCCAGCUCGGUGGCUGAGCUCCGAGCACGCUGGGGCCUGCAGGACAACGAUCUGCUGGACCAGAUGGUGGCUGAGCUGCAGCAGGAUGUGGCCAGGCGCCUCCAGAACAGUACCGAGAGAGAGCUCCAGAAGCUCCAGAGUCGAGCGGGGCGGAUGGUGCUGGGGCCUCCCCGGGAGACCCGCACGGGGGAGCUGCUCUUGCAGACCCAGCAGCGCAGACACCGCCUCUGGGGCCUGCGCAACCUCUCGGCCUUCUCUGAGCGGACACUGGGCCUGGAGCCCCUCUCCUUCACCCUGGAGGAUGAGCCGGCCCUCAGCACAGCCCUGGGCACCCAGCUAGGUGCAGAGGCUGAGGGAGAGGAGUUCUGUCCUUGCGAGGCCUGCGUGAGGAAGAAAGUGAGCCCUACGUCCCCCAAGGACACAAUGGGGGCCACCAGAGGUCCCAUCAAAGAGGCUUUUGACCUGCAGCAGAUUCUGCAGAGGAAGAAGGGAGAACGCACCGAUGGGGAGGCAGCAGAGGUGGUCCCUGGCAGGACCCCCAUGGACCCCAUAAGCACCAGGACUGUCCAGGGAGCUGAGGGGAGGCCAGGGCUGGGGCUGGGCCCAGGGCCUGGAGUGGAUGAGGAAGAGGACGGCGAGGGGAGCCAGAGACUCAACAGAGACAAAGAGCCCAAACCGGGAGAGGCAGAGGGAGCUGCAGUGGCUCAGGAGAGUGAAGGGAAAACUCACAGCAGCAAAACCAGUGCCGGCAGUGAGCUGGAGGAAGCUGAGCAGGAGGAAGAGGGCCUGGGUGAGAGGGGAGGAACUGGGGGCCAGGGCUCUGGGCAUGAGGGCAACUUGCAGGGUGAAGCUGCGGCAGGAGGUGACCAAGAUCCAGGACAGAGUGAUGGAGCUGAAGGCAUAGAGGCCCCGGAGGCCAAAGAGGAGGCCCAGGAGGCAGAAGAGGAGGGCCAGCCAGAGUCAGAAGAUAUAGAGGCCCUGGAGGCCGAAGGGGUGGCCCAGCCAGAAUCAGAAGGUGUAGAGGCCCAGGAGGUAGAAGAGGAGGCCCAGCCAGAAUCAGAAAGUAUAGAGGCCCAGGAGACAGAAGAGGAAGCCCAGCCAGAGUCAGAAGAUGUAGAGGCCCUGGAGGCCGAAGGGGUGGCCCAGCCAGAAUCAGAAGGUGUAGAGGCCCAGGAGGCAGAAGGAGAGGCCCAGGAGGCAGAAGGGGAGGCCCAGCCAGAGUCAGAAGGUAUAGAGGCCCAGGAGGCAGAAGAGGAGGCCCAGCCAGAGUCAGAAGAUUUAGAGGCCCUGGAGGCUGAAGGAGAGGCCCAGGAGGCUGAAGGGGAGGCCCAGCCAGAGUCAGAAGAUCUAGAGGCCCUGGAGGCUGAAGGAGAGGCCCAGGAGGCUGAAGGGGAGGCCCAGCCAGAGUCAGAAGGUGUAGAGGCCCAGGUGGCAGAAGAGGAGGCCCAGCCAGAAUCAGAAGGUGUAGAGGCCCAGGAGGCAGAAGAGGAGGCCCAGCCAGAGUCAGAAGAUCUAGAGGCCCUGGAGGCUGAAGGAGAGGCCCAGGAGGCUGAAGGGGAGGCCCAGCCAGAGUCAGAAGGUGUAGAGGCCCAGGUGGCAGAAGAGGAGGCCCAGCCAGAAUCAGAAGGUGUAGAGGCCCAGGAGGCAGAAGAGGAGGCCCAGCCAGAGUCAGAAGAUCUAGAGGCCCUGGAGGCUGAAGGAGAGGCCCAGGAGGCUGAAGGGGAGGCCCAGCCAGAGUCAGAAGGUGUAGAGGCCCAGGAGACAGAAGGAGAGGCCCAGGAGGCAGAAGGGGAGGCCCAGCCAGAGUCAGAAGGUAUAGAGGCCCAGGAGGCAGAAGAGGAGGACCAGCCAGAGUCAGAAGGUGUAGAGGCCCAGGAGGCAGAAGAGGAGGCCCAGCCAGAGUCAGAAGAUCUAGAGGCCCUGAAGUCUGAAGGAGAGGCCCAGGAGGCUGAAGGGGAGGCCCAGCCAGAGUCAGAAGGUGUAGAGGCCCAGGAGGCAGAAGAGGAGGCCCAGGAGGCUGAAGGGGAAGCCCAGCCAGAGUCAGAAGGUAUAGAGGCCCAGGAGGCAGAAGAAGAGGCCCAGCCAAAGUCAGAAGGUGUAGAGGCCCAGGAGGCAGAAGGAGAGGCCCAGCCAGAGUCAGAAGGUGUAGAGGCCCGAGAGGCAAAAGGGGAGGCCCAGGAGGCUGAAUGGGAGGCCCAGCCAGAGUCAGAAGGUAUAGAGGCCCCAGAGGCAGAAGGGGAGGCACAGCCAGAGUCAGAAGGUGCAGAGGCCCUGGAGAUUGAAGAGGAGACCCAGCCAGAGUCAGAAAUUAUAGAGGCCCCAGAGGUUGAAGGGGAGACCCAGGAAGCAGAAAGGGAGGCCCAGCCAGAUUCAGAAGGUAUAGAGGCCCCAGAGGUAGAAGGGGAGUCCCAGCCAGAGUCAGAAAUUGUAGAGGCCCUGGAGGCUGAAUGGGAAGCCAAGGAGGUAGAAGAAGAAGCCCAGCCAGAGGCAGAAGGCAUAGAGGCCCUACGGGAUGAAGGGGAGAUCCAGGAGGCAGAAGGGGAGGCCCAGCCAGAGUCAGAAGGUGUAGAAGCCCUGGAGGCUGAAGGGGAGGCCCUGGAAGCUGAAGGGGAGGCCCAGCCAGAGUCAGAAGGUGUAGAGGCCCCAGAGGCUGAAGGGGAGGCCCAGCCAGAGUCAGAAGGCGUAGAGGCCCCAGAGGCUGAAGGGGAGGUCCAGCCAGAGUCAGAAGGCAUAGAGGCCCCAGAGGCUGAAGGGGAGGCCCAGCCAGAGUCGGAAGGAGAAACUCAAGGUGAGAAAAAAGGGAGCCCUCAGGUCAGUCUAGGAGAUGGCCAUGCAGAGAGGAAGACCAUCAGGAUGUAUCCAGAAAGUUCCACUUCUGAGCAAGAAGAGGUCCCUUCAAUCCCAAGGACUCCAGAGCAGGGGGCCAGUGAAGGCCGUGACCUACAAGAUGACCAGGCACUCGGAAGCCUCGCCCACACUGAGGCGGUGGGCAGGGCAGAUGGCUUUGGCCAAGAUGACUUAGAUUUCUAGACAAGAUCAAGCUGCAAGACGGUUGUGAGCCUGAGAGCUCUGUUUUUAUUCCUAUUUUUUCUGCAAACCUGAGUAACAGUCGGUCCACUGGAGAAAUGCACAACACGUGGACAAAACCAAGGACUUGCUAAAGACACAGCCCAUGCCAUGCUGUCCCAUGAUUGUAAGUCCAGAAGCUUCAGAGAGCUCUGUGGCCUGUCCCACGCGCAGUGCGAAGAAAGGGGGUCUGCGCAUCUGCCCCGUUAUUGGAGGUCAGCCUGGCUCCCAUUCCUUUGCCUACAGAGCCUGAAAGAUGGAACUGAUUGGAAAGGUUCCAGUAUAGCUUCUGUUUGUGGGUUUUCUGCUAGCAAGUGUUUCUCACUGUCUUUUCCCGAUCGAUCUCCUGUUCCUUUUCUCCUUGGUGUCUGUGGGCACUCACCUCAUUUGACUUUGAGGUGCUUUUUUUCCAGUCUUGAAUGUAUUUGGUGACUCUGCAGAAAUACUUGGGCAAAGCAGAUAACUUCGGAGUCAUUUGAUAAAGUUUGUUCUCA